AUGGGUUCGACCUACAACGUAACCAUUGAAUGGGAGAAUGGGGAGAUCACUCCCAAACCACUGAGCAUCAUUGGAGCCGAUGACCCAGUGGCAUGUGCUAUAUACGCUAGAGAGAACAAUCUACUGGGUUUACCUGGUUGGAAACGCUUUAGAAGUAUAGCAAAGAAGGAGAAGAAACUUCUUCGCCUUAUUAACCAAGCCAAGCUCAGAUCGUUCCGUGCAGCACCAAGAUACAUGUACGGAUUCGAGAUCCCGAAGGACUACAAAGAUGCCCUUCGACUUGACAAAACUCCACGGCAACACCAAAUGGCAGGAUGCCACUAA